GUCGGGGUUGCAGAGGACCAGGGAGGGGAGAAGGAAGAGAGAGAGAGGAAAGGGAGCGAAGAGAGCCUAGCUGCCUGGUCGAGCCAGCUUGGCGAGCAGCCUCAGGUUCGCAGGCUCCUGUGGGAACUGCUGCUGCUUCCAGGCCAGCCGGAGCUGUUCUCACACCACCGCCUCUCACCCUCUCUUGCUUCCUGCUACUCCCUAGAGAAACAUCCGUGGACUCUCCGCGGCAAUAUUCUCAGCCCGUAUCCCGUUACAGCCAGGCGGCGCGCUCCCGCACACUGAAGCGCCAGGCGCCAGCAGGACGCCCUCUCCUCUGUGCCCGCUUUCCCCUCUCCUCCUUGCUGCGACCGUUUCAGCCACCUCCGCCCUCACCAGCUCCAGCUCGGAGAGACGCCACCCAUCCGCGGUGGGCCUCGCAGCCCAGGAUCACGCACGAAAGAGGGACGCUAGCUCUGACCCAGCGCUCGGUAGGGGGCGUCCUGGGACGGAGAGUGCAAGGGCAGUUGGAAUUUAAAGGUGUGGGAGUCGUGCGCCCUGAAGCCUGCGAUUCUCACUUGAGCCAUCCCUGUGUAGCCCUACUCGGGCCAGCGCCUGGUGAGCCAGCCCAUCUGUGGCAUCCGCGUCGUCUCCUCCUUGCACCUCCUCGCCGACCCCUCCCUCCCGGGACCUGCAUCCCGCUCAGCCAAUCAAAGCCCUCCUGCCUUUUCCCACGUGAUCCCGGGCGGGCUAAGGACCUGCUGCUUCCCAAACGCCAGAGGGAUGCGGGAGGCAGAGCGCGAGAGGCGGCUGCUAGGCUGCGGGGCGCUUUGACUCUCCCUCUACCCAGCUUCCCUGAGCUCCUCUGGUGUGCCCUCUGGACUCUGGUCUCCUCUUGCUGCCCCGGGUUGCCAGAGCCCCCAGCUUAUGGCAGCAGCUGCCCGCGUCUCUGGCGCGGCUUGUCAGAGGACGACCCUCUCGCUCCCGGGGCUGAGCUGGGUCACUGGAUGUUGCUGAAACUCUGGCGAUCAUGUGCGGGUUUGGCUGCUGCUUCCCCGUCAGGUGCCACUGCCACCGCCGCUGCCUCUGCUGCCGCCGUCCGCGGGAUGCUCAGUAGCCCGCUGCCUGACCCCCGCGAUCUUGUGUUCUUUGGAAGCCGUUUGCUGCUGCAGAGUUGCGCGAACUAGUCAUGGUGCUGUGGGAGUCCCCGCGGCAGUGCAGCAGCUGGACACUUUGCGAGGGCUUUUGCUGGCUGCUGCUGCUGCCGGUGAUGCUACUUAUCGUAGCUCGCCCGGUGAAGCUUGCAGCUUUCCCUACCUCCUUAAGUGACUGCCAAACGCCCACCGGCUGGAACUGCUCUGGAUAUGAUGACAGAGAAAAUGAUCUCUUCCUCUGUGACACCAACACCUGUAAAUUCGAUGGGGAGUGCUUAAGAAUUGGAGACACUGUGACUUGCGUCUGUCAGUUCAAGUGCAACAGUGACUAUGUGCCUGUGUGCGGCUCCAAUGGGGAGAGCUACCAGAAUGAAUGUUACCUGCGGCAGGCUGCAUGCAAACAGCAGAGUGAGAUUCUUGUGGUAUCUGAAGGAUCAUGUGCCACAGAUGCAGGAUCGGGAUCUGGAGAUGGAGUCCAUGAAGGAUCAGGAGAAACCAGUCAAAAGGAGACAUCUACCUGUGAUAUCUGCCAGUUUGGCGCAGAAUGUGAUGAAGAUGCUGAAGAUGUCUGGUGUGUGUGCAACAUUGACUGUUCUCAAACCAACUUCAAUCCCCUCUGUGCUUCUGAUGGGAAAUCUUACGAUAAUGCAUGUCAAAUCAAAGAAGCAUCAUGUCAGAAACAGGAGAAAAUUGAAGUCAUGUCAUUGGGUCGAUGUCAAGAUAACACAACUACGACUACUAAAUCUGAAGAUGGGCAUUAUGCAAGAACAGAUUAUGCAGAGAAUGCUAACAAAUUAGAAGAAAGUGCCAGAGAACACCACAUCCCUUGCCCAGAACAUUACAAUGGCUUCUGCAUGCACGGGAAGUGUGAACAUUCUAUCAAUAUGCAGGAGCCAUCUUGCAGGUGUGAUGCUGGUUAUACUGGACAACACUGUGAAAAAAAGGACUACAGCGUACUCUACGUUGUUCCCGGCCCUGUUCGAUUUCAGUACGUCUUAAUUGCAGCUGUGAUUGGAACAAUUCAGAUUGCUGUCAUCUGUGUGGUGGUCCUCUGCAUCACAAGGAAAUGCCCCAGAAGCAACAGAAUUCACAGACAGAAGCAAAAUACAGGGCACUACAGUUCAGACAACACAACAAGAGCGUCCACGAGGUUAAUCUAAAGGGAGCAUGUUGCACAGUGGCCGGACUACCGAGAGCUUGGACUACACAAUACAGUAUUAUAGACAAAAGAAUAAGACAAGAGAUCUACACAUGUUGCCUUGCAUUUGUGGUAAUCUACACCAAUGAAAACAUGUACUACAGCUAUAUUUGAUUAUGUAUGGAUAUAUUUGAAAUAGUAUACAUUGUCUUGAUGUUUUUUCUGUAAUGUAAAUAAACUAUUUAUAUCACACAAUAUAGUUUUUUUCUUUCCCAUGUAUUUGUUAUAUAUAAUAAAUACUCAGUGAUGAGAAAAAAA